GAGACUUUUCACACUCCACACUCCAAAUCCACACAACCAAACAAUUAACUAACAGACCAAUCAGAUCGCAGCACGUUCUCCGGAGCCUCGAGACCCCAAAGGUCUUCACCGCCGGCAUUCUUCCCGGACAUUGUUCUCGUUAAGGGAAAAUGGGGCGUGCUUCAAUCAAGAGUAACAUGGGUGAUUCUCAGGUGAGAGAGAAUUGCAAAGAUCUUGAUUCUGAGGAUAAAAUAAGAAGGUUAGAAAGACGAUGGAAGAGAAGGGAGAUCAUUUUAAAAGGCAGUUUGAAGCAUGAUUGCAAUGCCAGUGCUACAAGGACAACUGUGAAGAGUGAAGUAAAUAAGGCUGUUUUAACAGAAAAAAAUGGUUAUUUGGUGGAGGAUGAAGUAGAUGAGGACUACAAAUUUUUUUUGGAUACUUACCUUUCUGAUAUUGAUGUUGUCAUUGAUAAUAAUGUUGAUGGUUCUGAUGCUGUUGUGGACACCGGCCACAACAAUGACAAUGAUAUUGAUUCAGAUCCUCAGUAUAAGAAGUUCUUGGAAAAUUUGAGGAAAGAAGGGAAUUCCUAUGUUUACUCGUGCUUUGUGGAAAACCAGCUUGUGCACGUAAGGUAUGAGGGAGAAGAAGAAGAAGAGGAAGAAAGGUUGCAUUAUGGGCUCAAGUUAGACACUAAGAUGUUAAAUGGUUUGACACAGAGGGAUGAGACUGGAAAUGUUGGAAAUACUGGGAUUGAUUCAUUGAGAAAACAGACAGGUGGCUCAAUGGAAUCUCAGCAAAAUAUGGAAACUGAAAAAGUACAUUGUAAUAAAAGGGCAAAUGAAGAUGUAUCUGGUGUCCCUAACAAGAGUUGCCACAGUGAUGUGGAGUUUGAUGAUGUGGAUGAAGAUGUAUCUGGUGUCCCUAACAAGAGUUGCCACAGUGAUGUGGAGUUUGAUGAUGUGGAUGAAGAUUACCAAUUAUUCCUGAAUUCUUGGACAGAUGAUGACAAUUUGGUCCAUAUGGGUGGUGAAUUAAUGGGAAAGACUACCAGAGUGCAGUGUGAUAAGGCAUUUGAUACUCGCGAAGUGCAGUGUGACAUUGAUGAAGAUUACCAACUAUUCCUGAAUUCUGCUGAUGUUGUUGAUGACGAUUUGGUGUUUAUGCGUGACAGAAAUAUCUCAAAGAUAAACAAGAUGGAGGGUGGUAGUAAUUCCUCUGACCCAGAUCUAAUUCUUCUAGAACCUGAUGAAAUUUGUGAAAACACUCCAUUCAUUUCUUCAAAAACAUAUGAUUCUUCUUGGUUUGAAAGUGAAAUGAAACCCAGACACAGCAGGGAAUUCUCUGCUUAUGAUCAUUCUCAGUUUAGGAAAAAACUUAUGGAAUAUCUUGAAAGGCCUUAUGACAAACGAGAGUAUGACUAUUUUAUGCAUGAAUUACAUCAACGAAGGCCGAAGGAACGUCAUCUAGAAACUCGUCAGGGGGUGAUUAAAUCAUAUCACACUCAUGGUGAAACCAAAUCUUAUCUUGAGUUGUAUCCAGAUCUAUCAAAAGCAAUUGCUGGACUCAAGGAACAACCACAUAGGGUUUUGUUUCUCUUGCGUGGAUUCAUUUUUUGGUUGCAAAAUGUGACCCACAACGGAAAUUUUCGGCCUUGGCUUGACGAAUCAUGUUUGGAGAUUUUACGAAAAAUGUAAAUAUGGAUUCUUGCUUGCUAUAUCUAAAGAUUUGGAAGCAAGAGUUUUGUGAACUUGAAUGGGAAACAAAGUUUAUGUACAGUUAAUUUUAUCCCUGAACUUUGACCCAGUUGUUCAAAGAAAGUUUGCUAGAGAUG